GGAAGAGGCCGGCGGCGGCGGAAAGAGAGAUCAAAGGUGUCGGGGACAAGAGACGAAGAUGGUUCUGGAGGCGAAAAGAGACUUGGUAGACUCUCUUCGUCGCUACCGUGAGACCCUGAGGUGGGAGACCGAAUUCCUGAGGUGGGAGGUGACCUCCCGUGGCCUGGAGACGAUUUCUGGGAAGAAGAAGUAUCUGAAGGAGCAUACUGCUCGAAGAUCGCUAUCUCGCGAAUUACCUCAGCUGAAGGAGCAGCUGUCCGGCCAGAAGAUCGCGAGCCUGCCUCUGGUGAGUUUGCCCUACCUUGUUCCUCGUCACGAGGAGGCCCUCGAUCUGCUCCUGCACGAGGCGCACAAGCUGGGCUACCGGAUCCAGUCUCUGAGGGAACUCGCUGCUCCAAUCUCCCUGGAGACGGCCAGGUUACUGUGUCUCGUGUCGGAAAGAUGUGCGGAGAUCUCCAGAAUCAUUGCGAGGCAAGGGUCGCCGAAUUCAGGCAAAUCUUCUGAGGAUGCUGCAAUUGCUGCUUACAGCGAGCGCCGUGAAAGCUGGGAGUCCAUUUGGGGUAGUCCAGUAUUAAGGUCUGGCGGCUUCAACGAUAUAACCACACUGUCUUCUAUGUACUUUACCCCAUUUGCACCUGCUAUCAUCCCAUACACCGGCUUCGCCACCAAGGCCUUGCAGAUUUACUCCUUCGAAAUCUCUGACCUGAAUGACUGCUUGAAGUGGCCACUCUAUGUGUAUGGCGUGGUUGCUGCUCGAGACGUUGUGGAUGGUAACCGCAACCUCCUCUUCUCUCGCUCCCGGGCUAACUGCCAAGUACUCACUGAAAAGGAUCCUUUUUUGCACUUGACUGGGCCUUCUCGUGUUAUUCUGGCUGAGUGUCCUGUCGACUUUGAAGUUGAACUAAGGAUAAGAGAUGGAACAGAGUCCCAAGAUAAAGCCUUGAUGAGUUCUGCUAACCACCACAGUUUCGCUAGUGCUGACAGCGCUGUUUUCUUUAGCUGCCUGUGUUCAGCAACGUUAAGCCUCCAGACUAUUUAUAGUGCAGUCCAGGCCACUAUCUUGUCCAUUCGUCUUGUUGGAGGGGAGUCAUCUUUUGAAUAUGGAGGUCAAGUUUCAUGUUCAUCAUAUACUGAAGGUGUCAAUGCUGAUGCACGUCGGGAAGUUGUGUUGAUUGAUUGUGAUGAAAAAUUUCUUGAAGAUGGACUGGAUGGCUAUAUCUCUCUUUCAAGGAAUGUUGUCACCGUGAAAUUGAAAGGAUCACUGAAGAUUACCAUAAAAGAAUAUGCAAAGUCUCGUCUUGUCGCUAACGAGGCCCAGCUUGAUAUCCCUGCUCAGCAUUGCCAAGUAAGCAAGGGAGAAUGUGUUCUUGGCGGACAUAAUGUGGUUGUUCUUAUUGCUUGGUCCCUGCUUGUGAGGGACAAGCUCGCUAACUUGGUGAUGGGGUGAAGAUGACUCCUUAGGUGAUCAAACUUAGAGCUAAUAUAUAUGUAUAUUUGUUGUACUAGACCUAUGUUUUGUGAUCUUGUGUUAUCAAACUUGAAGACUAGAUCUAUGUUUUGUUGUAUUCCUACAACUG